UGCAACUGACUUGCAUUGUUUUGUUCUCAGGCGAUGGUGGCAUGUUAUCCAGGUAAAGGCUCUGGUUAUGUGCGCCAUGUGGACAACCCGAAUGGAGAUGGGAGAUGUGUCACAUGCAUAUAUUACCUUAAUAAGAAUUGGAAUGCCAAGGUAAAUGGGGGUGUACUGCGGAUAUUUCCAGAGGGUAAAGCUCAGUUUGCAGACAUCGAACCUAAAUUUGACCGCUUGGUUUUAUUCUGGUCUGAUAGACGAAACCCUCAUGAGGUCCAGCCUGCGUAUGAUACAAGAUAUGCAAUUACCGUGUGGUAUUUUGAUGCAGAUGAACGGGCGAGAGCUAAAGAAAAGUACCAAACAGGUGCAGGUGAAAGAGGAGUGAAGGUGGAGCUAAACAAGCCGUCUGAACCGAGCUAAUCAAAUUAUCAUUAAUCCGGACUUUUCCUGGUUGCCAGCUUCGUGGAGGAGAAAGAAAAAGAAGAGCGGGUUAGAAAAGGCUGUGGGUGUCUGUGACGAAAAAAGGAGUGGAGAUUUAAAGCUCUGCAGAAUUGCAUUAUCAGAAAACCUUUAAAUAUGACACUGUUGGUUUCAUUUUGAUUUUAAAAGGUACAGUACUCUGCAUUGCAUUUCCAUUAACGCUUCUCAUGUGACUGGAGUCACAGUGCUUCUGAGGAAUGUUUAAAAAGCCUUUUGCUUUCGGUUCUGGGAUGAGUUCCUGCAUUUUGACCUGAUCUUUGUGAAUCAAGCUGCACAUCCAUGCAUGUUAUUUCUCAUCGCUGCAUCAGAACUGAUCGGAUCGUCUAUUCAUAUUGAAAUACAGCCAAUGCCCGCGAGGCAGUGAACUUUCAGCAUGUUUAUUCAGGACUAUGUGCAAUUCUCCAGCUUUACGUUCUUACAUGCACUAGGUCAGUGCGAGUCCAUUGAGUGUUAUUGUCUGUGAUGAACUGCACGUUAUUGUCUAAUUUCGACAAUAUUAAAGCCUGUUUGCUUUUUAGA